UCUUCAUCACAAUGCUUCCAAAGUUGUUCUUCGUCAUUUCUACACUAAUUUCCUCCUUCAUUUUCACUACUCAUUCUUACAAUACCCAAUGUCUUCACCAUCAGAAAAUCUUGUUGCUUCAACUCAAGGAUGAGUUGAGUUUCAAUUCUUCUCUUUCAACAAAAUUGGUGCGAUGGAAUGAAAGGGAUGAGUGCUGCAAGUGGCACGGUGUGGAAUGUGAUGUUGCUGGCUACGUCGUCAGUUUGCAGCUCGAUAAUGAGUCCAUUUCUGGUGGAAUCGCGGAUUCAUCGAGUCUCUUCAGACUUGUGCAUCUACAGAAGCUAAAUCUAGCCUACAAUGAUUUCAACAACACUCCCAUCCCGAAAGGUAUUCACAAUCUCACCUAUUUGACACACUUGAAUUUAUCCCAUGCUUAUUUCGGUGGGCAGGUUCCCGCUGAAAUUUCUUCCUUGAGGAGGUUGGUUAGUCUCGACAUCUCCUAUGAUUUUACAAUAUCUGUGAAACUGGAGAUGCUUGUCCAAAAUCUAACAGGGCUUCGAGAGCUCUAUCUUGAUCGUGUUAAUGUUACUUCCUCUCAUGAGAGGAGAAAAUGGAGCCACAUUAUAUCAUCAUAUUUACCCAACCUCACCGCCUUGAGCUUGGUUGAAUGUGGUUUAUCUGGCCCUUUAGCUAAGUCCUUUUGGCAACUCCAUUCCCUUUCCAUCCUUCGACUAGAUUGGAACAAUCUUGGACCAGAACUUCCAGACUUGUUCACCAAUUUUCCAAGUUUGACCACUUUGUCUCUUUUUGAUUGCAGUUUGAAGGGUUCGAUUCCACCCACCUUUGCUAACCUAACCAACCUGAUUCGUGUCAAUCUGGCAUAUAACUUCUUCACAGGCUCACUUUCUUCUACGCUGUUUGAAGGUCUUUCCAAUCUUGUUUAUUUAGAUUUGAAUAGUAAUUCAUUCUCUGGUAAUAUUCCCCACUCUCUCUUUGCUAACCUAACCAACCUGAUUCAUCUCGAUUUGUCAGGCAAUUCAUUCUCUGGUAAUAUUCCCCACUCUCUCUUUGCUAACCUAACCAAGCUGAUAGGUGUCUAUUUGUCAGGUAAUUCAUUCUCUGGCAACAUUCCCCACUCUCUCUUUGCUCUCCCUUCAUUGUUGGAACUUCAUCUUAGCAGCAAUCAGUUGAAUGGCACUUUUCAACUGGACAAGUUUCAAAGUCUUGCCAAUCUAACCCUACUUGAUCUAUCUCACAAUAGAUUGUCAGUAGAUGUUGGCAACCGCAAUUCAACUUCAUAUGGAAGUCUCCAACUAAAAGUGUUAAGACUAGCUUCAUGUAACUUGUCCCAUUUUCCUAAUUUCAUCAAACAUUUGGAUAUGGAAGUAGUGGACCUCUCAUACAAUCGGAUUGGUGGGGAGAUACCUAGUUGGAUUUGGGGAACACAACUUUGGUAUUUGGACCUCUCUUAUAAUCUUCUAACAGAUCUGCAAAAGCCUUACCAUAUCCCUGCUUCUCUUGAAGUCCUAUUAUUGCAGUCUAACCAGCUCAAGGGUGAGUUGCAUCUGACCAUUCCACCUGCGUCUCAACUCUGGUACUUGUCUCUUGCUAAUAACAGUUUAAGUGGAUCCAUUCCAACCUCCCUUUGCAGUGCCAUGAGCCUCCAUGUUCUUGAUUUGUCUGGCAAUAGAUUAAGUGGCAGCAUACCCCCUUGCUUACUUGAAAACAUUUCAGACUUAGAUCUAAGCCAAAACAACAUCAGCGGUAGCAUUCCAGAAAAUUUUCCAAUGGAUCGUUGUUGGCUACAAUAUUUGGAUCUUAACAAUAAUACUUUAGAAGGGAAAAUCCCAAAGUCCCUUGAAAGAUGCGAGUGGUUGCGGUUCAUGAAUGUUGGGAACAACAACAUCAAUGACAGUUUCCCAUGCAUGCUAUCAUCGAUGUUGCGAGUUCUUAUUUUGCACUCUAACAGAUUCUAUGGAGAAGUAAGAUGUCACAACAUGAGCUGGGAAGAUCUCCAAAUUCUAGAUAUAUCUUCCAAUCAGUUCAGUGGAAAUCUGGAAUCAAUAAACUUUUCUAGUUGGAGUUCAAUGGUGUCAGGUCACAGCGAAUUGUUGCGCUCUGUCAUAACAUUAACCAUUAAAGGGGUAAUCCGUCAGCUUGAUAUGAUUUGGGCAGACUCUGUCACCAUUGAUUUCUCUUGCAAUAAUUUCGGAGGAGAGAUACCAACUGCAAUUGGUGAUUUUGGCUCACUUCAUCUUCUCAACCUCUCCCACAAUGCCCUCAAUGGAAGCAUCCCAAACACAUUUGGUAAGUUGAGGAAUCUCGAAUCACUCGACCUCUCAGGAAACCGACUCACCGGGCCAAUACCGGUGGAGCUUGCAGGGCUCUCAUUCCUUUCAGUCUUGAAUCUCUCCUACAAUAAGCUGGUCGGGAUGAUCCCAAACAGCCGUCAGUUUCAAACAUUUUCAGCUGAUUCCUUCAAAGGGAAUGCGGGGUUGUGUGGUUUCAAUCUCAACAUAAGCUGCAGUGAUAGUGAUGGCAGUGAUCAUUUGUGGCCACAAGAAGAUGAAAAUGAGGAAGAGAAGAGCGAGAUCGAGUGGGAGUAUGUAUCUUCUGCGCUUGGUUAUGUUGUGGGAUUAGGAAGCAUUGCAUGGACGCUUUUAUGCCGCAGAAGCUUCAGAGAAAGAUAUUUCGAGAAAAUAGAAGAGAUUGUUGACAAGAUUUUCUACGAGAGAGCCAGGAGAAGAAGACAUGAAAGAAGAAGAAGAAUAGUAGAGAUGAGGAAUGAGGUUAGGAGACAGCAGAGAAGAUGAUAUACAAUUUAGAUACUUAAAUAAACAAGGCUGUUUAGAGUUUAAUGUGAGUGUCAAGGUUUUUGUUUUGCUUUUUUUUUUUUUGACGUGUAAUUUUCAAAAUGACUAGAAUUAUAAAGUUGAUAGUGAUCUAUAGUUUCUAUCCCAA